AUGGCAGACACCGAGGAUGCUCCGCGCGAUGCCGGGGAGGGCGCGGGGGAGGAUGGCUCCCUCCCGAAUGAAUCCUUCCCGCUCUCCUCUCUGGCCAACCUGUUCGAGAGCGAGGACACCCCGAGUCCCGCCGAGGCAGCCCGGGGUCCCCCGGGCGCCGGGGAUGGAAAGCAAAACCUCCGCAUGAAAUUCCACGGGGCCUUUCGGAAAGGCGCCCCGAAGCCCAUGGAGCUGCUUGAAGCCACCAUCUACGAGUCCCCCGUGGUCCCCGCGCCCAAGAAAGCCCCCAUGGAUUCCCUCUUCGACUACGGCACCUACCGCCACCACCCCAGCGAGAACAAGCGCUGGCGCCGGAGGAUCGCGGAGAAGCAGCCGCCGGCAGCAAAGGGGCCGGCUCCCGACCCGCCCCCCGUCCUCAAGGUCUUCAACAGACCCAUCCUCUUCGACAUCGUCUCCCGGGGGUCCCCGGCCGGCCUGGAUGGGCUCCUCUCCUUCCUGCUCACCCACAAGAAGCGCCUCACAGACGAGGAGUUCCGAGAGCCCUCCACGGGAAAGACCUGCCUGCCCAAAGCCCUGCUCAACCUGAGCGGGGGCAAGAACGACACCAUCCCCGUCCUGCUGGACAUCGCCGAGAAGACGGGAAACAUGCGGGAAUUCAUCAACUCCCCCUUCAGGGACGUCUACUACCGAGGUCAGACAGCCCUGCACAUCGCCAUCGAGCGCCGCUGCAAGCACUACGUGGAGCUGCUGGUGGAGAAGGGAGCAGACGUCCAUGCCCAGGCCCGCGGCCGCUUCUUCCAGCCCAAGGGCGAGGGAGGCUACUUCUACUUCGGUGAGCUGCCCCUGUCGCUGGCCGCCUGCACCAACCAGCCGCACAUCGUGCACUACCUGACGGAGAACGGGCACAAGCAGGCGGACCUGCGGCGCCAGGACUCCCGCGGCAACACCGUGCUGCACGCCCUGGUGGCCAUCGCCGACAACACCCGCGAGAACACCAAGUUUGUCACCAAGAUGUACGACCUGCUCCUCGUCAAGUGCGCCAAGCUCUUCCCCGACACCAACCUGGAGACGCUGCUCAACAACGACGGCCUCUCCCCGCUCAUGAUGGCAGCCAAGACCGGCAAGAUCGGGAUCUUCCAGCACAUUAUCCGGCGGGAGAUCACGGACGAGGACGCCCGGCACCUCUCCCGAAAGUUCAAGGACUGGGCGUACGGUCCCGUCUACUCCUCCCUCUACGACCUCUCCUCGCUGGACACCUGCGGGGAGGAGGUGUCUGUGCUGGAGAUCCUCGUCUACAACAGCAAAAUCGAGAACCGCCACGAGAUGCUGGCCGUGGAGCCCAUCAAUGAGCUGCUGAGGGACAAGUGGCGCAAGUUUGGGGCUGUCUCCUUCUACAUCAGCGUGGUCUCCUAUCUCAGUGCCAUGAUCAUCUUCACCCUCGUCGCCUAUUACCGCCCCAUGGAAGGCCCCCCGCCCUACCCCUACACCAGCACUGCAGACUACCUGCGCCUGGCCGGGGAGAUCAUCACCCUCCUCACUGGAAUCCUCUUCUUCUGCACAAACAUCAAAGACCUGUUCAUGAAGAAGUGCCCAGGUGUGAACUCCUUCUUCAUAGAUGGCUCCUUCCAGCUGCUCUACUUCAUCUACUCCGUGCUGGUGAUUGUCACGGCGGGGCUGUACCUGGGUGGCAUCGAGGCCUACCUGGCUGUCAUGGUCUUUGCGCUGGUCCUGGGCUGGAUGAAUGCUCUGUACUUCACCCGUGGGCUCAAACUGACGGGGACCUACAGCAUCAUGAUCCAGAAGAUCCUCUUCAAAGACUUGUUCCGCUUCCUCCUGGUCUACCUGCUCUUCAUGAUUGGCUACGCAUCAGCGCUGGUGUCCCUCCUCAACCCGUGUCCCAGCAGUGAGUCCUGCACCGAGAAGUCCAACUGCACAGUGCCCACCUACCCAUCGUGCCGGGACAGCCAGACCUUCAGCACCUUCCUGCUCGACCUCUUCAAGCUCACCAUCGGCAUGGGCGACCUGGAGAUGCUCGAGAGUGCCAAGUACCCCGGCGUCUUCAUCAUCCUCCUUGUCACCUACAUCAUCCUCACCUUUGUGCUCCUCCUCAACAUGCUCAUCGCCCUCAUGGGAGAGACCGUGGGCCAAGUCUCCAAGGAGAGCAAGCACAUCUGGAAGCUGCAGUGGGCCACCACCAUCCUGGACAUCGAGCGCUCCUUCCCGGUGUUCCUGAGGAAAGCCUUCCGCUCGGGGGAGAUGGUCACUGUGGGCAAGGGCACAGACGGGACCCCUGAUCGCCGCUGGUGCUUCAGGGUGGACGAGGUGAACUGGUCCCACUGGAACCAGAAUCUGGGCAUCAUCAGUGAGGACCCGGGCAAGAGCGACACAUACCAGUACUACGGCUUCUCCCACACCGUGGGCCGGCUGCGGAGAGAUCGGUGGUCGACGGUGGUGCCACGCGUGGUGGAGCUGAACAAGAGCUGCCCGCCGGAGGAGGUGGUGGUGCCCCUGGGGACCAUGGGCACAGCGGAGCCGCGGGAGAGGCGGCACGGCCAUGCCCCGAGCUCCCCGCUCUAG